UCAACCCUCAUCAAGCACCAGAGGACACACACAGGGGAGAAGCCCUAUGUUUGCAGGGAGUGUGGGCGAGGCUUUGCAGUAAACUCAGGCCUCAUCGUGCACCAGAGGACACACACAGGGGAGAAGCCCUAUGUUUGCAGGGAGUGUGGGCGAGGCUUUGCAGUUAAGUCAAACCUCAUCAAGCACCAGAGGACACACACAGGGGAGAAGCCCUAUGUUUGCAGAGAGUGUGGGCGAGGCUUUGCAGUUAAGUCAAACCUCAUCAUCCACCAGAGGACACACACAGGGGAGAAGCCCUAUGUUUGCAGGGAGUGUGGGCGAGGCUUUGCACUUAAGUCAAGCCUCAUCAAGCACCAGAGGACACACACAGGGGAGAAGCCCUAUGUUUGCAGGAAGGGUAAGAAAGUCAUUAGCAAUAAAACCAUAUCUCAACAAACACAGGAAAACAAACUGUACAUCCCUAUACACCCCCUCUGUUAUGCUUCAGAGGAAGCCUACUGACCUUUUACAUUCCUCAAGAAUGUAAAGUGAUCAGAAAUAACUGAUUAAACAAUUCCUCCACCUUUAUGACAAGACAUGAGGUUUAAACACAAAGGAGUUCCUUAAGUGUUCAGGAAAUGCUCACUUGGUUCUUUCCCACACCACUCCCCUGCAUGUAUUUUUGGCUAACUGUUCUAAUAAAUUUUGUCUCCAUACCAAUCCAAAGCACAAGUCAUGUAUCUCAUUCCCCCCCUUUAU